CGAGACUGGGCACGAGCAUCAUCAGCUGCCACCGACUCUCAGUCUCACUUGAGUCGUCGUUGGCUUAGGGAGUGCACGCUGGAGAGAUCAGCCCUUGGUAUUCCUUACCCCUUCACCCAGAAGAUUCUGGUUCCCUCUGCAAUUUUCUGUAGCCCUAUCACCUGUUAUCCAAAGUAUUUCCCUAUUAUCAUCUAUCUAUGCAAAUCCUAAAUAUUCACCUUUCUUUUCCACGUGUAUACGCCAAAUUUCUGUUUUUAUAUUAUUUGAAAGUGAAAUUAUUGUUAGUGAAAAAAAACCAUAUAUAGUGCUGUAUAAUAAAAAAAAAAGUGUGUGCCAAUGGAGAUAUGAAGUAGUGUCCUUCACUUAACAUACAUUUAAAUUUUACUCCAAUUACGGUAUUGUGAAUAUUACUAGAGAUAAUCCGGCGCACAAUUGUGAUGGAUUUAUACUGUGUAUAGUGAGACUCUGUAGCUUCACGGUGUAACCUUAAAUAUUUGUGAAAUUCCAAACUAAAUUUCCGGAAUUUUUGUCUCAAAACCACUUGGAUUCUAUAAGGAUAUAAAUCAACAAACUAUUUGGACCUCCUAAGCGGUCUUGUUGAGGAGUACUAGCUCAAAAGGAAACAAGAAAAUGGGGAUGCAUGUAGGAGAGACUUUGGCCAUUGAUCAGUCACCAACCUUCACAAAUCGCAGUGGAAUUCACAUUUCAAAGCUCACCCUUGCAUUUAUCGUUGGAAUAUUUGUUUGUGGAAUUGUGGGAUCAGGUUUUCUAGUCUAUCACUUUAUAUCGUGUCCAAGUGAUCCUUGUAUACAUCCGGACCGCCAUGAAGAACCUGGUGAUCCUUUUGCCGUGCACGAAGAUUCAAUUCUCACAGUUUCUGACUUCCUUCUGCCCACUGCCCUCAAACCUCAUCACUAUGACGUCAAAAUUCAACCGUACUUUGCGGAGAAAAAUUUCACAUUCAAUGGAGAAGUUAUGAUCACUUUAGAAGUUCUGGAGGACUGCAAAAAUAUCACACUCCAUUCAUUUGCACUGAGAGUCCCGGAAAAGGACAUUCGAAUUACUGAAAAUGCAACAAAGACGGAAAUUGCAGUUGCAGGAAUAUCUUCUGUAGAAAUACAGCAGUUUUUCGUGAUAAAAACAAAUGAGGUCUUGAAGAAGGGAAAAUUCUACCGAGUUUUCCUCAAAUUUCAGGGAAUUCUCAAUGAAUUUAUGCAAGGGUUCUAUAGGAGUUCCUAUAAAGUAGAAAAUUCAACACGUUGGCUCGCUGCCACACAAUUCCAGCCAACGGACGCCAGGAGAGCAUUUCCCUGCAUGGACCAACCAGAUUUAAAGGCACGCUUCAGUAUAUCAAUUGCACGACCCAAAACUAUGACUUCAGUGUCGAACAUGAGAAAAGUGCGAGAAAUGAAUGUAGACGAUGAUCCGGACUACCUGUGGGACAUUUACGAAGAAUCUGUGCCAAUGUCAACAUAUCUUGUGGCAUUUGUCGUAUGCGACUUUGCCAAUCAGACCGACUCAACGGGAACGGUGGGUGUUUGGGCGAGACAGGAUGCCAUCAAAUCCACAAACUAUGCCUUGAGCAUUGCUCCAAGGAUCCUCAAUUACUUCGAACGCUUCUUCAAUAUAUCCUAUCCUCUGGACAAGCUCGACAUGAUUGCACUUCCCGACUUCAGUGCAGGAGCAAUGGAGAAUUUCGGUUUGAUCACUUAUCGAGAGACUGCAAUGCUCUAUGAGGAAGGAAUAUCGGCCAUAAGCAAUAAACAGAGAGUAGCAACGGUGAUUGCACAUGAAAUCUCUCAUCAAUGGUUUGGGAAUCUUGUGACUAUCAAAUGGUGGAAUGAUCUUUGGCUCAAUGAGGGUUUUGCCAGUUAUAUGGAAUAUUUAGGAGUGGAUGCUGUAGAGCCAUCGUGGAUGUCUAUGGAUUUAUUUGUUGUGGGAGAAUUGCAGAAUGUUUUUGCACUGGACGCUUUGUCGUCGUCCCAUCCGAUUUCCGUGGAAGUUGCCAAUCCGGAUGAGAUAAAUGAUAUUUUCGAUAGGAUUUCUUAUGGGAAGGGAGCAUCAAUUAUCCGGAUGAUGGAUCAUUUUCUCACGUCUGAAGUCUUCAGACGGGGUCUCAAUACAUAUUUGAAGACUAUGAUUUUUGAUUCAGCUACUCAGGAUGAUCUCUGGGGCUAUUUGACGGACGAAGCUCGAAAAAGUGGAGUUUUCGACGGAGAAAUGAGUGUCAAGGAGAUUAUGGACACUUGGACGCUCCAAACGGGCUUUCCACUGAUCACAGUGGCCAGGGAUUAUGCUAGUGGAGCCAUUGAGCUCCAUCAGCAGAGAUUUUUCAUUAUAAAUCAAACGGUUGAGGAGGACAAGAGUCCAAUCUGGUGGAUUCCUGUGACUUUUACCACCAAAUCUCAAUUGAAUUUUCAGAAUACUACUCCCACGCAUUGGUUGCGCGGAGAGAAGAGUAUUGUUCUGGAAGGGGUAAAGAUUGACCCUAGCGACUGGAUAAUUGUCAAUGUGCAGCAGAGUGGGUACUAUCGGGUUAAUUACGGCGAAGAAAAUUGGCACAAAAUCGUCAAUGAACUUAAUAAUCCCAAAAUGUACCACUCGAUUGCACCGUCAAAUCGCGCGCAACUCAUCGACGAUGCGUUGAAUUUGGCGCGCGGUGGGUAUCUCGACUAUGUGAUUGCACUCGAUGUCACCCGGUAUCUUCGCCACGAAACCGACUAUGUGCCUUGGAAAAGUGCCCUCGGUGGCCUGACUUUCAUCGAUUCCAUGCUGCAAAAAACAGGACAAUACGACACCUUCCGGCGGUACUGCAUCUCCCUCCUGGAAAAAGUCUACAACGAAGUGGGCUUUGAGGACGUUCCCGGGAGUUCCAUGCUGACAGUGUACAAACGCGUGGAUAUUCUGCAAUUUGCCUGCAGCCUCGGGUACAGUGAUUGCGUGGACAUGAGUGUCCAGAAAUUCAGUAUGUGGAUUCACGAGGCAAAUCCCGAUGUUCAGAACACAGUGUCGCCCAAUCUCAAAAAUCUCAUCUACUGCACGGCAAUUAAACACGGUGAUCUGAGGAUCUGGGACUUUGCCUGGGAACGCUUCCGGAAGACCAGAGUGGCCAGUGAGAAGGAAAUUCUGCUCACAGCUCUCGGAUGCAGCCGAGAGCCAUGGAUACUUAUCCGGUACCUGGAUCGAUCACUCUCUGACGCCUACGGAAUCCGGAAGCAAGAUGUGUUCAGGGUAUUUGGGGCUGUUUCUUCCAGUGACAUUGGGCAGACCAUUGUCUUCAAAUACAUGCGAAGCAAUUGGGAACACAUCAAAGAAUACUUGGGAUCUACAAUGUCGAAUUUGAACUCGAUCCUCAAGUAUGGCACAAGACGCCUGAAUACCCGUUAUGAACUGGAUGAGUUGAAGAGAUUUGCUGAUGUUCAUCUGAAGGAUUCUGGGCGAACGGUGAGGCAGGCAAUUGAAAAGACCGAAGCCAAUAUCGCAUGGAUGGAGAGGAAUUUCGACGUGAUCACCGAAUGGUUGGAAAAUGUUACAACAACAAUUGAGAGAAUUAUCGAAAUUGUCCUGGCAGCUAGUCUUCCAGCAAUCCGUCACGAGUUCCAUGAAGUAAAUGUCAAAUUUUUCGAUUUGAUCAUUGAUAAAUCGUUGGAAGUUACUACGUUCCUUUCUCGUCUUCAUUUGGUUAACAACUACGACAAAGUACUGGGCUACAUCCUGGUAUCCAUUGCUCAGCCUAUCGGAGGAAAAUUCAAAGAGCACAAGGAAGGCACUAAUGGUUCGAAUACCAGCUCCUCCAAUUCCCUUCACAAUGUAAUCCAUGUACUUGGAGUCCCAGUAGAGAUCAUAUUCCAAGUUGGCUACUGCACGUUCGAGGCUGCUCCUGGAACCGCCAAAAUUGCUUCCCUGAGUGUUCACGAAUGUCUUAAGGAGCUCAAGCUCUUCGGUGAUGUCGAUCCAGGCAUCAGAACCCUUGGGGAGGAAGCCCAAGUGAGUAUAGAUAUUGGUCAGGAGGUCAAUCAUGUAUUCUCCGAAGAGUGUCUCAUGUUCCUUGGGAAUGCGUCGGCGGAAAUGAUUGAGGCCGUUAAAGGCGGACAACCAUGGAAUGUAGUUCUGCUCGUUUUUCAAGACGUGAAUGCCAUCAUGAGCUGUUUCCUUGAGCGCACGAAUAAUGAUAUUCCAAGAUUCUUCAUCGUAAUUCACCCUGUAGUACCCAACUUGCUGGACAUUGAAGAUCACCCAUUCACUGACGGCAGCUGUAAGGGUGAUAUUGAGCUCUCUGGCCGACAUGAUAUUCCUAGUAGUUGUGUCUGUCAAGCUAUGUUGCGUCUUACUGGCAAAAGUAAUGGGAAUUGCCCAGAGUUCAUUUCCAGUUGUUUCACUGGAGUAGCUGUGGAAUCUUUUCUGACUCAGACUAGCCUGAGUUCGGUCUUCAUUGAUUCUCACGGUGACUACUGGGUAGCCUGGCUGUGUAGUCCAAGUGUUGAAGACAGAGUCAAUUUGAUGGGUUGUGUCAGCUUGAGCCUGAAUAGAUCUUCCAUGGUACUGGUAGUACCUUGCGAAUCCUUCAUUGAGCCAGGUAUAGCUCCACCAGUCGCAGGUCACGAGAUCGCCAAACCACAUGUCAAGAGUCCAAGAUUCUCCAUGGCACCAGCUGAGAAAUCAGGAAUAGCCGCCAUGUCCAUUUUGGUCUUUAAAAAGACUCUGUGGUGUAAUUCUGGUGCUUCAGUUGAUCAAGUUUCGGGAAUUCGGAAGCACAUAGCAAUGAUUUGGAGGUAUCUGGUGCUCCUCCUGGUCUUGGUUGAGAUCUUUGCCAAGCCUGGUGGGGAUUUGAAGUUAAAUGAACUGGAAGAAGAUGAAGAGGAAGUUCUGAAUCCAGCUGACUACUAUCUACCACUCAAUGUGAUGCCACAGAAAUACAAAAUCUCCCUGGACAUCGAUACAAAUCUCUGGAAUUUUCAUGGGAGAGAAAUUGUGGAAGUGAUUGUAGUGAAUCCCACUCGAGAGAUUCGUUUCAACGCCAGAGGAUUGACUAUUCAAUGGAAUGAGGCAAUCCUUAGACACAUCACUGAUCAAGGAUUUACGGAUUACACCCCAUCAAACUACACGUACAGUGAAGAAACGGAAAUUGUAGUUCUCUCCUUUGACCAAGAAUUCCUUCCAGACAACUACGAACUUCAUCUAAGUUUUAUCGGAAUAAUUCGAAGUGAUGUUUUUGGGCUGUAUCGGAGUGAGUACACCAUCGAUAAUCAGCAAAAGUAUGUCGUUGUAACGCAAUUUCAAGCAACUUAUGCUAGGACCGUCUUCCCAUGCUGGGACAAUACAAACUACCGAUCAAUUUUUGAGAUUGAGCUCAAUCACCCUGAUCGAUAUGAGGCAUACUCCAACAUGAGAAUUGCCAAUAAGACAGUAUUGGAAAACAAUCGCAUAGUGACCCUAUUUGAUCCGAGUCCACCAAUGGCAACAUAUCUUGUUGCAUUUGCUUUGGCUGAGUACCAAACAUUCCGUUCGUCCGAUGAUUUCAUUGGGGUUCAUGUUCCCAGCAAUGUUAAUGAAACCUUAGCUCAGUACUUCAUAACUAAUAUCCGCAAUGCCUUGAAUAUCUUCGAAGACUUCCUAAAUCGCAACUAUCAACUGCCAAAGCUCGACUUCAUCUCCAUCCCGAGGAUGUUUUUCGGAGGAAUGGAACACUGGGGACUGAUUACUGCUCUAUCCAGAUAUUUUGUAAACGAUCCCAAUACUGUUCUUGCCAGUCCUCAUCAAAGUAUGACUACGAUAAUUACCCACGAACUAGCUCACAUGUGGUUCGGAAAUGAAGUGACACCAGAAUCUUGGAACUACCUGUGGCUUAGUGAGGGAAUGGCGUCUUACUUUGAACUCUUCAUCGGAGACCGGAUGCAUUCUAAUUGGAGGUUGAUGGACCAGUAUCUUCUUAUCCAUGUACAUAAUGCCAUGCGGCAGGAUGACAAGAUGAAUGCACGUCCCAUGACCGGUAGCUUCUACAAACCUAUGGAUUUCAACGGACAAUUUGACUACAUUCCCUACGCUAAGUCGGGUUCUGUUAUGAGAAUGAUCCAGCAUAUAAUUGGAAUACAGCGUUUCCGUGAUUUCCUUUUUGAUUACAUCUCUGCUCGGAGUUUUUCAACCACAAAUCCAGAUCGUUUUCACGAGAGGAUUCAGGAAGUUGUUGAUAGAGCAUCAGAUAUUCCCCUACCUUCCGAUACAUCAAUGGCUACAAUUAUUCGCAGCUGGACAGACAAUGCAGGAUAUCCUGUUGUUCUCGUAACUCGCACAACAAAUGGCAUUUCCCUAACUCAGAAACGUUUCCUUGUGGAUUGGGAGCAUACGACUGUUGUUCCAUCGGAAUUUUACAUUCCUGUAAACACAAAGACUGCUUCCAAUAACCAUGUUGUGGGAACUUUGCCAAUGAGUUGGAUUGUUCCUGGCUCUGAUCUUCAAAUCGACAAUAUUGCUCUGACUGACUAUGUUAUCGUGAAUCGCCAACAAACUGGGUACUACAGGGUUAACUAUGGCGAUUACGACUGGAAGUUCCUGUCAGAAGUUCUGAACAAUCCGCAGGAUCUUGAAGGUAUUCAUAUCUUGAACAGAGCUCAACUGAUUGAUGAUUCGGCAAAUUUGGCCAAAGCUGGUCAAACUCGAUAUGACGCCUUCUUGGGAAUUAUUUCCUAUCUCAAAAAUGAAAUUGACUACAUCCCCUGGUCAGCUGCUACAAACAAUAUUCUAAGUCUCGAGGUUUUGAUCCGUGGAAUUGAGGAAUAUUCGAGAUUUGAGUACUUUAUUAAGAAUCUUACGGAAAAAGUUUAUCCAACGAUCAGGUUGACAAAUUAUACAAACGCUGAUCACAUUUCUACCCUCCACACUCAAGUUACUGGCAACUUGGUAUGUUACUUUGGGAAUGAGGAAUGUGUUCAGGAUGCAAGUGUUUUAGUUGAUGUAAUGCUAAACGAUACCCAAAUGCUUGGGAUUCCCGAACAAAUUCAACCAAUAGUUUUCUGCACAGUGGCCAAGCAUCUCCCGGAUAGCUCCAUUGUUGCCAGACUUAUGACACGAAUUAUCCAAAUCUUCUUGACUGGAAGAGAUGAUCAUGAAGAUAUUCUUAUGAGAAUUAUUGAUGGAGUGGGAUGUUCAACAAAUGAAACUAUCAUCAAUAACUUCCUUGAUACUUCUAUCCAACACCUUCCUGUACAAGGAAGCGGUAUUCGCGGCAGCGAUCGCAAUAGGAUCUUCCGCUCUGUAUCUACUGGUAGUUACAUGGGUACCAAACUUUCCCUGGAACUUAUUCUGAAUAAUUUCCUAGAAGUUGAAAAUCGUUAUGAAUCCAUUGAUAAUGCCGUGCGCGGAAUUUCUACGUUUGUCGUCACCGAUGAACUGUUGGAUCUUCUUCAGGAAAUUGUUGACGUUCACUCAGCUAGAAUGUCAGCAUCCCUCCAGGCAAUCUUCCAGAAUGAGAUAACUGCAGCUAAGAGGAAUGUAGCUUGGGUGAACCACUUCCAACCUCGCAUCAAUACAUGGCUGGAAGCUAAUGUUGAGCUUCCGACUGGUGAUUCCGGACACAGGUUGAAGGCAGUCAGUAGUAUAGUUCUACUCCUUAUCACCUUCCUACUCAAUCGUGCUUUUUAGAUAAAGCUGAGUGACUUUAUUAAUUAAGCCUUGUAAAGAUAUAAUUGUUCAAUUUAUUGUACCAAGACUAAAGAAUUGUACGAAAUAAAACCAGAAGGCGUUAGAU